CGAUUGUGCCUGGCCACUUUAAUCGGACAUGACGUCUCUCGUCGGAUUUUGCGCUUCCGUCCUUUUCCUGUGAAAGCCGAAAGGCUCUGGUUUGUGACAUUCACAAUCGGAGCAAAUCGAAGCUGAAAAUGGGUCGCUACUCUGUAGAACCGGAUAAUGCCACCAAAUCCUGCAAAGCUCGUGGAUCAAAUCUUCGGGUCCAUUUCAAGAACACCCGGGAGACGGCUCAGGCUAUCAAGCACAUGGCUCUGCGUCGCGCCCAGCGCUACCUGAAGAACGUGAUUGCGAAGAAGGAAAUUGUUCCUUUUAGGCGUUUCAACGGUGGUGUCGGCAGGAAGGCUCAGGCCAAGGCGUUUGGCUGCACCCAGGGCCGCUGGCCCAAGAAGAGCGCCGAGUUUCUGUGGCAGCUGCUGCGCAACGCGGAGAGCAACGCCGACUACAAGGGCCUGGACGUGGACCGCCUGGUCAUCGACCACAUCCAAGUCAACCGGGCUCCCAAGAUGCGCAGGAGGACCUACCGCGCCCACGGACGCAUCAACCCGUACAUGAGCAGUCCGUGCCACAUUGAGGUGAUCCUGAGCGAGAAGGAGCAGGUGGUGGCUGCCCCAUCGCCUGAGGAGGACGCUCCCAAGAAGAAGCAGUCCAAGAAGAAGAUGGCGCGCCAGAAGCUGAUGCAGCGGGACUAGACGCCCCACACACUGUACCAUAAACAACCUGGAAACACGAAGCUCGAAGGACAGA